AUGGCCAAGAAGAAAAAAAGCCAACUGAAGCCAGUGAACCGCGGGUUCGCGACGACUUCUGUCCCGAAGAAAGUCGUGGUCGAAGAAGAGACCCCGGACGUCCCCACUGUGGAUGCUGGAGACAAGGACGGUGGCGCUGCGGAGGCGGCCGGCGCCACCGCGGAAGGCGGUCCGUUGGUCGAAGAGCAGGCGCUGCAGACGCUGGUCGACAAGCAGGACAAAGUGGAGAAGGAGAUCGCAAGAUUCAUCAAGAUCAUCGAGACUGAAAAACGCUACUCCUAUACGCUACCCCCAUUGGAAUUGAAUUCGGCUCUGAGGAAUCGCGUCCUUGCGCUGCUGGUGGAGUCCGAGGAGCUUGCUUCAGGCCAGGCCACUCCCCAUCAUCCGGAGCUGGAGUCUGAGGAAAAGGCUCUGAACAAGUUGGCAAUAACCUACGGUGUUCUACGUCGGCUCCUUUUCACAGAGGAGCGCGUGGACGAGUGUCUUCGUGCCAUCAAAGGUGUCGAGUUGGACGAGGCAUUCGAAUGGCUGUAUAUACAUUGCUCUCAGGAAGAACUGGAGGAUCAGCAGGUUACAGAAUCGGUCGAGCCUCGGACACCUAGGUCUCCUCGAGGACCGUCCCAUCCACCACGGACUCCUUCCCAACCCUGGACGAUUCAGACACCUUCCUCGCCCACAGCUUCUUUCACUCCAUCCCUCAUGACACCGACUGCUUCCAUCAGCUCCAUCUUGGAUGCUAACGCGGUCCCCUUCGUCCCAUCUUUUCUUCGCGCACCAACGGCAUCUGAUGACUCCAAGCCCGCGCCUCACGACAAUUGCGAUGACACCAAAGUGGAUUUGAAGUCGCGCAUCCUGGAGCAGCUGAACCAUUCGUCGGACUCCGACGACGACGACGACGAUACAGCCGGACAGUAUGCGCGCAUCAGGAUGAAGAUUGAUGCCAUCUCCCCAGCGGGACCUGCCGCGGAGCUGCAGUCUUUACGAACACGACUGGAGCAGAUCCAGAACCACUACUUUUUCGACAAGAGAGAGGCUGAGGCUCGAUACCGGGUCGAAGUCCGCAAGGCCGAUUCGGUGGCUCUCCAAGCGCGAUUACGAGGCACUGACGCGCCGCCUUCGACGAAACCGCGGCCACUUAACCUGAUCACGGUAGCGCCCCAGCCUUUCGAUGCUGUUGCCGAGGAGGGUGAUAUAUUUGACGAGGACGACGGUCCAGGCGGGCUGUUUGACGCGCUGGAACCCAUGCCCGGAGAGGUUAUGACUUCCCAGAACAAGCUUGUUCCCGUGCGCGACAUGAAGCUGCCGAAGCACUGGUCAGGUCGCACACCGAAACUGUUGUUGAUUGAAAUGGUCGGCAAGAUUGAUCGCUAUGCUGCCAUCAGCUACAAGCUCCUGUCGGACAGCAGUCGUGCGAAGCGUUGUUCUGUGAGCAUCCGGUGGAAUGUGCUCAAAGCUGAUGAGUGGUCGAUGGACGAUGUCGCCUGUUUCGACCAGGAGCAGGCUGAGCAGUACAUUGCGGCUAUUGCCUUGCACGACGUGACUUUCCCUUCACGCGAUGCGUUUACUGCCGCCGCACCUUCGACAAACCAGACCUUUUUCCGUUUGCUUCCUCCUGUUUUCAGAGACUUCUGGGAGGAACUUGAGGCCGAACGCAAGACCAAAACAGAUGCGUUGAACCGUGCUGUUUGGGCCAAGCUGCAGUCGAUUCUAGACUCGAAGAUCGGGGACAUCAAGGUCAAGGAAUCGAACGGUACCCGGUCGACAGCCAUGCCCCGAUCGUAUCUAUCUACCAACAGUGCUAUUACGGAGCAGGUCAUGGCAGACUUUGAGGCUAGACAGGCCAGCUCAGCGUAUCAAGAGAUGCUGGCGAGUGUCCACCGCAAUCAGCUGCCUAUCGCACAGUACCGUGACGAGAUCAUCAACACCCUGGAAGACUCUCAGGUCCUCGUCUUGAGCGGCGAGACCGGCUGCGGAAAAUCGACGCAGGUUCCCGCCUUCAUCUUGGAGCAUCAAUUGAGCCAAGGGAAGAUGUGCAAGAUCUACUGCACAGAGCCCCGCCGGAUCUCGGCGAUCUCUUUGGCCCAGCGUGUCUCGCGAGAGCUGGGCGACGGCCCGUCUGCUGUGGGGACGUUGGCGUCGCUGGUCGGGUAUGCUAUUCGGCUGGAAUCCAAUACCUCGCGCAAUACAAGGCUUGCGUUUGUCACGAAUGGGAUUGCACUGAGAAUGCUGGAAGGGGGCUCCAGCUCCACGGGUCAAGGCACCGCGUUUGAUGAGAUCACUCAUAUCAUCAUUGAUGAAGUGCACGAGCGCACAAUCGAGUCGGACUUUCUGCUGAUUGUGCUGAAGCAUCUCAUCCGGCAACGGUCUGAUCUGAAGGUCAUUUUGAUGUCAGCGACGGUCGAUGCAACAAAAAUAUCAGAGUUCUUCGACAACUGUCCCACUCUUCAUGUCCCUGGCCGCACCUUCCCGGUGCAGGUCAAUUUCCUGGAAGACGCCAUCCAGUGCACAGGUUGGGAGGUCAACGAGACAUCGCCAUACGCUCGUCGACAGAACGACAAGUUCUACCAGGGCAAAAACCGGGUUGACUGGUCUGAAAGUAUACUGACACGAGAGGACGACGAGGACGACGCGAUUCAUGAGAGUGUGAAGCUCGAGAAACGCUACUCGGCUUCAACGACCCAAACUAUCAAUCUGUUCGACGAGCGGCAGGUGCCUUAUGAGUUGAUUGUCCGACUGCUCGAGCACAUCUGCUUCCAAGACUCGGAGUACUCCGGCUUUUCCAAAGCGAUUCUCAUCUUCAUGCCUGGUCUCGCUGAGAUCCGGCGCCUGAAUGAUAUCCUGACUGAGCACCGAUCGUUUGGGAACGAUGAUCUGUUCCGUCUGCAUCCCCUGCACUCCACGUUGUCGAGCGAAAGCCAGGGCGCGGUGUUUGACAUUCCUCCUCGCGACAUCCGCAAGAUCGUUAUUGCGACGAAUAUCGCUGAGACGGGUAUCACCAUUCCGGAUAUCACCUGUGUCAUCGACACGGGAAAGCAUCGCGAGAUGAGAUUUGACGAGAAGAGGCAAAUCAGUCGUUUGGUGGAGACAUUUGUAGCUCGCAGCAACGCAGCUCAACGUCGAGGGAGAGCGGGUCGUGUACAACCCGGACUGUGCUUCCACCUGUUCACCAAGUUCCGUCACGACACCCAGUUGGCCGAACACCCUCUGCCGGAGAUGAUGCGUCUCAGUCUGUCUGAUUUGGCGCUGCGGAUCAAGAUCAUGAAGGUCAAGAUCGGGAACUCUAUCGAGGAUGUCUUGUCUCGUGCGCUCGAUCCACCGGUGUCCAUCAACGUGCAGCGAGCGGUGGCAAUGCUCGUCGAAGUCGGAGCACUCACACCCGCCGAAGAGAUCACACCGAUGGGUCGUCUGUUAAGCAAGUUACCCACUGAUGUUCACCUUGGCAAAUUCCUGUUGACUGCUGUUCUCUUCCGAUGCUUGGAUCCCGCCUUGUCGAUUGCUGCCGCCAUCAACUCAAAGUCGCCUUUUGUCACACCUCUGGGCCUCGAACAGGAAGCGGACCGGGCCAAGCUCAACUUCAGAUCAGACAACUCUGAUUUCCUGACGAUCCAUAACGCCUUCUCCAGUUGGCGGAGAGCCUGUAACAACGGCACACCGGCUGCUGCUCGGGCAUUCUGCCGUGCUAAUUACCUGAGCCAUCAGAACCUACAGCAGAUGGAGGAGCUACGACAACAGUUCCUGGGGUACCUGGUCGAUUCGGGCUUCAUGCGAGUCGACAACACCUUCAUCCGAGAGCUUACUCGAGCGCGUUAUGGCCGACACCAUCGCACCCGCUUCAUUCUCGUUCCCCCAGAACUCGACUCGAAUACGACCUCGCAGAACAAUCACAUGCUCAGCGCAGCGCUGGUGAAUGGGCUGUAUCCGAAGAUCUUGUCGGUGGAUCCGAACAGCGGCCAGAUGCGGACCAUCACAAACAACCAGACCACGUCUUUCCAUCCGUCAUCUGUCAACUUUGGGCAACGUCCGACAAACCUGAAAGCGAAUCAUCUCGUGUACUUCACCCUGAUGCAUUCGAAACGGCUGUAUGUGUGGGAAACUUCGCCGAUUGACGAUUUGGCUCUGGUGUUGUUGUGUGGCGACGUCGACUUCAAACUGGGUGCCAACUCGAUUUUCAUCGACCGGAAAAUCAAGUUCCAUGUCUCGCCCAGAGACACCGUCGCCCUGAAGCAUCUAAGGACCAAUAUUGCCUCGAUUCUUGCUCAGCAGUUCCGCAGUGGCCCUCUUUCUGAGUCUCAAGUCUUGUGGAAUGAGGUCGUCUCUGCCGCUUUGGGCAAAUUCCCUCUCGAAUCAUGAUCAGUACAUACCAGUCAUUACUUGUUGUUCGAUCACACCAUCAAUUACAUCGUGAUCAUAUCAGUACUCAGGUUUUUCCUCCCUACCUAAAAUCAGCGUCGGCUUCAAUGGCGCCGGCACUCACUCGCGAGCAAGUCGCCUCCGCUCAGCUUGACGGCGACUACUCUAUCAAGUCCGAGUCGACUGCCCCGAAAUUGGACACUUCGGAAUGGCCCCUCCUGCUCAAAAAUUACGACAAACUGCUCGUUCGGUCUAGUCACUUUACGCCCAUCCCAUCGGGCUGCAGUCCCCUCAAGCGGGAUAUCCAGACAUACAUCAAGUCUGGUGUAAUCAACCUCGACAAACCCUCCAAUCCCUCGUCGCAUGAAGUCGUAGCAUGGUUAAGGCGUAUUCUGAGGUGUGAAAAGACCGGGCACAGUGGGACGCUGGACCCCAAGGUCACUGGGUGCUUGAUUGUGUGCAUCGACCGCGCAACAAGACUGGUCAAAUCCCAACAGGGUGCCGGUAAGGAGUACGUCUGCGUGAUCCGACUGCACGACGCGCUGCCCAACCCCGCCGCGCUGCCCCGCGCGCUGCAAACACUGACGGGCGCGCUCUUCCAGCGCCCGCCUCUCAUCUCCGCCGUGAAGCGCCAGCUGCGCAUACGCACGAUCCACGAGUCCAAGCUGUUCGAGUUCGAUGAGAAGCGCAACCUGGGCGUGUUCUGGGUGUCCUGCGAGGCGGGGACGUACAUCCGGACGCUGUGCGUGCACCUGGGGCUCGUGCUGGGCGUCGGCGGGCAUAUGCAGGAGCUGCGGCGCGUAAGGAGCGGUGCGAUGUCCGAGAACGACGAUAUCGUGACCAUGCACGAUGUGAUGGACGCGCAGUGGGUGUAUGAUAACACGCGGGAUGAAUCAUACCUCCGCCGCGUCAUCCGGCCGUUGGAAUGCUUGAUGGUCGGCUACAAACGCAUAGUCGUCAAAGACAGCGCUGUGAACGCCGUCUGCUACGGCGCCAAACUCAUGAUCCCUGGACUGCUGCGCUACGAGGCGGACAUUGGCGUCAACGAGGAAGUCGUGCUGAUGACCACCAAGGGCGAGGCCAUCGCUCUGGCUGUCGCACAGAUGUCGACUGUGGAGCUGGCCACCUGCGACCACGGCGUCGUCGCCAAAGUGAAGCGCUGCAUCAUGGAGCGCGAUACGUACCCCAGGCGAUGGGGUCUGGGUCCGAUGGCUCUGCAGAAGAAAAAGAUGGUCAAAGAUGGCAAACUUGGCAAGCACGGCGAGAAAAUCGACGCGACCCCGGCAGAGUGGAGUAAAGACUACGUUGACUACAACCGGGACGAGCCCGCCGCGGCUGGCCCAUCCACGACAGCUGUUUCUGCCCCUGCGCCUGUUGCCCCGGUUGAUGCUGUGAUGGCCGAUCCUGCCGCCGAUGAAAAGGCUGAGAAGAAGCGCAAGCGCAAGUCGGAAGUCCCUGCGGGCGACGUCUCGAUGGUCAGUGUCGGCGCGGACGAAGACGGCGAGUCAGAGCGCAAGCGCAGAAAGAAGGAGAAGAAAGCUGCGAAGGAGGCUGCAGCAGCUGCUGGGGAAGAAGAGGACGAAGAGGCAAAACGGGAGAGGAAACGGCUAAAGAAAGAGAAGAAGGCGAGAGAAAGCGUAGGGGGAGCAUGAUUUUGUUGUAAAUUAUCAUGUUUCAUUCUUGCAUUCAAGU